AUGACGGGGGAAUGUCCCCAGAGAGAGAGCAAGGCGUAUAAAAAAAGGGAAGCCGUGGUGCGAUGGAUCAGUCGCUCGCUCGCUGGUCCUGGGGACGCAGCUGGGAUGAUGGUCACUUGCCUGCUCCUCUCCGGCCUCUGGGCCCUUGCUUCAGGCUCUGUGCAGGUGAUGCACAAAAAGGUGCAGUCGGUCCAGGCAGGCGGAAACAUUACUUUCUCAUGCCAGUCAGUCACAAACGAAGAUGUAAUACAAGUGACCUGGCAGAAGGAGAUAGACGAGGAUGAAGACAACAUAGCGACUUACAGUACGAUGAAUGGCCAAAAGAUAGCAAAGGGCUAUGAUGGCCACGUGAGCUUUGCCCACAGCGGGCUGCAAGCCUCAGCCAUCUCCCUUCACCAAGUCACCCUGCAAGAUGAAGGAUGCUACAAGUGCAUCUUCAACACCUUUCCCUCGGGAGCUGUCGCUGGCAGGAUGUGCCUCAAGGUUUACGCCAUCUCAGACCCCAAAGUGGAAGCCAAGCUUAUAUCCAGUCUUGAUAAAGCUGAAGUCUCUGAGGAAGUGGUGGGGAUGAGCUGCUCAGCAACAGGGAAGCCAGCUCCAAAAAUCACCUGGCACCUUCCCAGCACCCUGCUGCAGAAGCCAAAGGAGUACCAUAUCAAGCUCAGCAACCAGACCAUCACUGUUAUCAGCAACUUCACCCACACCCACUCCAAAAUCCUCAAGGAGUACCCCAUUGCCUGUGUGAUCCAGCACCCUUCUCUAAAUGUGACCCUGUCCCUGCCCAUGGACAAUCUGACAAGAGGUCAGGAUGGUAUCAUGGCACCACCCGUGGCCAUUGUUGUGGGGGUGCUGGUCCCCCUGAUGCUCCUCCUCCUCCUCGCAUUGCUCCUUCGCUGCUGCCUGAGACAGCUUCGUGACCCAGAGAGAAACCCAGCCUGGCCUUGCUGGGUCCUUGCUGUAUGUGCCAAGGAGAAGGCAUAUGGACAGUACAUGCUUACUGGCAAGCGGGCUACCACUGCAGUGCCCAACACAUGAGCUCCUGCAUGCUCUACACG